AUGGCGACGACGGUCGACCCGCCGUCCAGAAAGGCGACCUCUUCUCCAGCCGGAUCACAACCUCUGCGAAGGGUACUCACGCUUGACGAGAACUCACGACGGUCAUCUCCAGGAUCGCGCUUUUCCCCGUCCACAGAUGUGCCAUCCCCGGCCAGCAAUCGACGAAGGAGCUCCAACUUCUCGGUAGACUCCAUCAGCGAGGCUCGAAGGACCUUUCAAUCUUCGACAGACGACCUGCUUUUGCCCAGGCCAGAUGCUUCUGGGAAAGCACAAAGCCAUGACUCUUCUGCAUGGCAUUCCGCUCCAUUGGCAUUUGCACUUUUGCCCGCGGUUGGAGGAAUGAUAUUUCAGAAUGGUAGCUCUGUCGUUACGGACAUUAUGCUGUUGGGUUUGGCCGCUGUGUUUCUGAACUGGUCUGUCCGAUUGCCAUGGGAUUGGUAUCACUCUGCCCAAUCGAUACGAAUGAACGAGGAAGACGAUUUGCACACCUAUGAUGAAGACAGCGAGGACGAGAACGGACUGAGCUCUUCCCAAACAUUGGAGGAGGUCCCAGAAGACGAAGCAUCGGAGCCAAUAUCCCCUCCACCUCGAACAACUCGACCGAGCCAGAAACGCGAAACGGCAACGAAAGAGCUGUAUAGACACGAGAUUUUUGCCCUCCUAUCAUGCUUUGUAUUUCCUCUGCUCGGGGCAUAUCUGCUGCACUUCUUACGAUCACAGCUCAGCCGGCCAUCGGAAGGACUGGUAUCAAAUUACAACCUCACCAUCUUUCUCAUGGCUUCUGAGCUUCGACCAGUGUCGCAUCUUAUCAAGCUUGUCCAAUCGAGAACGUUACAUCUCCAGCGAGUGGUCAAUGCAAACCCUUACUCAAAAGUCAAUGGCAACAGCAGUUACGAUUUGAAAGGCCUUCUGCGAAGAUUAGAAGAGGUCGAGGCACGAGGUCCUUCAUCCGAACCAACAGCAAACCCGGAGGCUCAAUUGACUGGGAAGCAAUCAGCUUCAUUAAUUACAGACGUACGCAAAACACUCCAGCCCGACCUCGACGCUUUGAACAGAGCGGUCCGUCGAUACGAAAAGCGGGCAACUCUUCAAGCGUUUCAAACGGAAUCACGACUGGUCAACUUGGAGUCCCGCCUUACCGAUGCAAUAUCACUCGCCGCCGCGGCUGCAAACAAUGGCCAACGCAAUCGAGGAUUUACGGGUAUCAUAAUUGAGUGGGCUGCAACAGCCGUUGUGCUUCCAAUUCAGGCUUCAGGUGCCAUCGCCAGCCUCCCGUUCAAGACAGCCGUCGCCAUAAUCAAUUACGGGAAAUCCAAAAUCAUUGGUCCACCCCCAGAUAAAGCCCGAAAACCGCAAAAUGCAAAACCCAGUAGCAAUGGACGCGCGGUUGACAUGUCUCGACUGACUGGACGAAAAAAGACAUAG